AUGAAUUUGAAGGGGACCACCAACAACUUCACUUUGGAUUUCAAUCAGUUCACACAGUUCAGAAGCUCUAUCUAUAAGGAAUCUGUAUUCAGACUGUUACCUGUCUGUCUGUUUGUCUCUCUGCAGAGCUGGCAGUCUUUCUGUGUCCCUUCUGGACCUGAAGACCUUCCCAGCAUCACUGUCAGUCCACACGUCUCUUUUGAGGCUCUGAGGAAAUCUGUCUCUGAACUGAAAGAGCGACUGGAGGAUUUCUGGAGGAAGGUGGAACUGGUCAAAAUUUCUGAAUUAGUGAAACAAGUCCAUGCUGUAGAGUCCAAGACCAGAAAGAAUUUCCUACAGUAUUCCUGUCACCUCACACUGGACCCCAACACAGCACACAGAGACCUCCCUCUGUCUGAGGGGAACAGAGAGGUGACCUAUAUACAAAGGAGCUGGUCAUAUCCUGAUCAUCCAGAGAGAUUUGACUACUGGGCCCAAGUGCUGUGCAGAGAGGGUCUGUCUGGACGCUGUUACUGGGAGGCUGAGUGGAAUGGGCUUGGGGUUUAUAUAGCAGUGUCAUAUAAAGAGAUCAGCAGGAAAGGAGAGGGUUAUGACUGUGUUCUGGGAUGUAAUAACAAGUCCUGGAGAUUGCGCUGUAAUGCCACCAGUUGCUCUUUCAGUCACAGUAAUGCGAGCAUUGAAAUCUCUGUUCCCCCCUACUCCAGAAUAGGGGUGUACCUGGAUCACAGGGCAGGAACUCUGUCCUUCUACAGCAUCUCUGACACAAUGACCCUCGUGCACAGAGUCCAGACCACAUUCACUCAGCCCCUCUAUCCUGGGUUUUGGGUUGAUUUAGGAUCUUCUGUAAAACUGUAUGAUCUGGGAUGAGAGAGAGGGAAGACUGGCUGUAAUUAGAGGUAGAGAAAAACACUGCAGUGAGAUUGUGUUCAUUUUUUGUAUGUGUAAAAGGUGUAAGGUGCAAUUUUGACUACUCUAACCACCACAUUGAAUCUUUGUCUCUUCAUUCUGGACUAUUGUAAUUCCACUGGCACGCACUGGUGGAGUCAUUAGUAUCACAAGCUGUAAAUGGCAGCUGGAAAGACAACACAGCAGGCCCACAGCAACCUUCAAGACAUGGGACAGCAGUCUCACAACCUCCUUAUGGGAAAGAAGAGCCCGUGCAUGCGCGUUUUUUUGUGAUUUCGGUUUUUUUUUUUCUCUGAAGUUUUGGUUGCCAUAUUGGCCAUUCAUUUGUUCUGGAAGAUUUCUUUUGUUUUGUGUUUUUGGGUGAAUAAAAGGGGGUAAGCCAGCACCUCUUGUUGUGUUUUCUGGUCUGUUCACCACGGGAGCAGAGGCCACCUCCAGCCCUUCCUCACAGCAUACACUACAUGGCCAAAAGUAUGUGGACUCCUGACAUCCAACAUCUCAUCCAAAAUUAUGGGCAUUGAUAUGGAGUUGGGUCCACCCUUCACGGCUAUAGCAGCCUCCACUCUUCCGGGAAGGCUUUAUAAUAGACGU